UCCAUCUCCCUUCCCCUCUCACUCUUUGAAAUCACAGAGAUGGAAUCAUCAUCAUCAUCAUCAUCAUCUGCCCUCACAAUCUCUCCUAGAAAGCUGAGGACCGAUCUCUACUCCUACUCAUACCAAGAAGAUUCAAACACCCCACUAGUCAUCUCAGUCCUGGCUUCCCUGAUCGAGAGAACAAUGGCCAGAAACGAAAGAAUCGCAAAGAACAGCCCGAGGGGUCUGUCCAGAUACCUGAGAACCGGGGUGUUUGAUUGCCAUGAGACUCCAGACAUGACCAUCCAAUCAUAUCUAGAGAGAAUCUUCAGGUAUACCAGAGCUGGACCAUCUGUAUACGUGGUCGCCUACGUCUACAUCGAUCGCUUUUGCCAGAUCAAUCCCGGGUUCCGCAUCAGCGCCAGCAAUGUACACGGACUUCUCAUCACCACAAUCAUGGUCGCCUCCAAGUACGUCGAAGACAUGAAUUACAGAAAUUCGUACUACGCAAGAGUGGGAGGAUUAACCACCAACGAAAUGAACGAAUUAGAGGUGGAGUUCCUAUUCCUAAUGGGCUUCAAACUGCAUGUGAAUGUGAGUGUCUUCGAGAGCUACUGCAGCCAUUUAGAGAGGGAAGUGAGCAUUGGAGGAGGAUACCACAUAGAGAAGACUCUCAGAUGCGCCGAAGAAAUCAAAUCACGACAGAUUGUAGAAAGGAGAUACAAUCGGAUUGCCAGGGUCACUUUGUAAAUUAAAUUACCACUUUUUUUUUCUUUUUCUUUUUUUUUUGUGGGU